AUGCUCAGAGUGGUGCUGUCCGACCGGAGCGAGAAGGGGGCGGGCAGAGGCGGGGCCGAGGCACCCUUAUCCCCGGCGCGGGCGGCCGGGGUUCAGAGUGCGGGCCGCGGAGCGGGCAGCGCGGUCUCGUGUGGCCAGCCCCCUGCGCUGCGCCUGCGGCCGCCGGGGAGCGCCGGAGACAGCCCGCCAGUGCCGCGCCUGCUCGGAGGCUGCGUGCCGCUGUCGCAUCAGGUGGCUGGCCACAUGUACGGCAAGGACAAAGUGGGCAUACUCCAACACCCAGACGGUACCGUUCUGAAACAGCUACAGCCGCCGCCGCGGGGCCCACGCGAGCUGGAAUUUUAUACCAUGGUUUACGCCGCUGACUGUGCCGAUGCUGUUCUCCUGGAGCUGCGGAAACACCUGCCCAAAUACUACGGCGUCUGGUCCCCGCCCACCGCACCAAACGAUGUGUACCUAAAACUGGAAGACGUGACUCAUAAGUUCAACAAGCCCUGUAUAAUGGAUGUGAAGAUAGGGCGGAAGAGCUAUGACCCCUUUGCCUCCUCAGAGAAAAUCCAGCAGCAGGUCAGCAAGUACCCUCUGAUGGAGGAGAUCGGGUUCCUGGUGCUCGGCAUGAGGGUUUAUCAUGUUCAUUCUGACAGCUACGAGACACAGAACCAGCACUAUGGAAGAAGCUUAACAAAAGAGACGUUAAAGGAAGGUGUCUCCAAGUUUUUCCACAAUGGCUUCUGUUUAAGAAAAGACGCGAUUGCUGCCAGUAUUCAGAAGGUUGAGAAGAUUCUCCAAUGGUUUGAAGAUCAGAAGCAGCUUAACUUUUAUGCAAGCUCAUUACUGUUUGUUUAUGAAGGUUCAUCUCAGCCAGCUACUACAAAAUCCAACGAGAGAACUUUGGCCGGGAAGUUUCUCUCCAAAGGCCACCUGUCGGACGCAGACGUCCUGGAAUGCAAUAACAACUUUCACCUGUUUAGCUCCCCGGCCAACGGGACAUCGGUAGGCAAAAGUUUAUCCAAAGUGUACGCGAGGCACAGAAAGCUGUACUCCAAAAAGCACCACAGUCAGACUUCACUGAAAGUUGAGACUCUGGAGCAAGACAACGGGUGGAAAAGCAUGUCCCAGGAGCAUCUGAACGGAAAUGUGCUGUCCCAACUGGAAAAAGUGUUCUACCACCUUCCUGCGGGGCGUCCGGAGACGGCAGAAGUAGAAGUGCGGAUGAUAGACUUUGCUCACGUGUUCCCUAGCAACACCGUCGAUGAGGGCUAUGUUUACGGUCUGAAGCAUUUGAUUGCUGUCCUGCGGAGUAUUUUAGACAGUUGAGUCUUGCUGCGGUCUGUGAAGGAGUGGCCCGUCACCGUGGCAUUAGCUGUGCACCUGUAAUGCUCUGUAAAAAGUUUGUAUUGUGAGUCAGCGUUCUAUUUGUCUUUAUACUUUUGGUAGAAGGUUAACUUUUUUAUAUUCUUACUCAGGAAUACUAAUUUGUUCAUGAGAAAACUAUGAAGACUAAAGAAACAGGAAUGUCGAGCCGGGAACGUGCAGGACAGGGAGUAGACAGCCGGACCACUCUGGCAAAGUCAUUCAGAUUCACGUCACUUUGUGUAGCCCAUCACCAAGGGACCUGUCCACCCAACCCUGCCGGUGAGCCGUGUCUAAACUGUGGCGCUGUCAGGCCGUCCCAGUAAGAUCUGGAAGGCACAGGUUGUUUUCAUCAGGACCAGUGUGCCCGAGCUCCCUAAAACUGGAGAACAUUUCACAGGGCAGCUGGGGCUGUGUGGGCUCCCUGUGUGAGCUGCCCAGGAAAGGUGCUUCAGUGGGCGUGGUCCACCUGCAGGGUUCCCCACAGCUCCUCCCUGCUCAGGGCUGCUUCACAGGGAAGGGUGAGAGAGGCUCAUGGCCUGCGGCGGCAGCAGCAGCAGCGGUCUUGAAGCACAAAUAUUUCCUCCCUGGGGUCAGGAGAAGAGAGAUUGUUUGUAAAGAACAAAUUACUCUCAUAAAGGGUGGGGCUUUUUAUUACCGAUGUGAGGCCUCGGAGAGGUGCUUGGUGGAAAUUUGGUUUAUUUCUUCUUUAAAUAAUUUUUGAGUCUUUUCCAUUUUUAAAAAUCCGUUUUUUUUUUUUGUUUUUUUUUUUAAAUGUAUCCCUAUUUACUUUCGAGCCUUAGCGUAAAACACCUUUCUCAGAAUCUGGUUAAGCAGUGACCAAACCGUGGCUGCUAUAGGCCGGAAUCCUGUCUCGGUUCCACGCCCACGGCGUCUAACAGAGAAAUCAUAAUUUAUUCUCACCCAGAACAAGGACAGGCAACUUUUCCUUGAAAAAAUAGAUUUGUAAGUGUUAUAUUUAGUUUACACCUACCACCUUUUUCAAAUUAACUAAUUAUCAGUAAGAUUUUUUUUAAAUUGAGAUUAAAUUUGCAAAUCGUUUUCCUCUCAGUGCUUUGCACUUUGACUCACUGAUGGGUUAAAAUAAUUGAACGGCUUGUCAUUUCUGGAAAAUAGUUUUGAGUUAUGACUUGACUUUUUUUUUUUUUUAAAAAAAACUUUUCCUUCAGAAUUGCAAAUAAAAUUUUUACACCCUACAACCAUUUUCUUUAAUGUGGAGGAGAUUUUAAGUUCCUCUUACUCUCCUGACCCCAUCCAAGGACCGUUUGCAAAUGUCGAUGCCCAAGCAUGAGCCUGAAACACACGGUCGUUAGCCAGAGCGACUGGGGCCUGUGUGCUUCUGUGAGUUCCCACCCAGGAGGCUGCAGGUGUCCCCACAAGGCCUUCGUGUUCUCUGCCCAAGCGUGUACUGGCUGGAGAGAGAGGGUUUUGUUUCUUUCAUUCUGUGGGCGUGAGUUCCAAGCGAUAAUUACUAGAAAACUUUGAGUUUUACCUUUUUUCCUGCGAUGUUGACUUGUUAUUUGGAUAUGAUUUCAUAACUCUCAAGCUCGUCUGGUGAACACUAUUUUGAAUCUUAAGAGGCAAUUUGGGAAGGUGCCAGGCUAUGUACGAUGAAUAAGUCAACUCAAGUACUCAAAGCGUUGGGCACAUCUUAGCUUAGUCAGGUCCUUCAUCUACAGCUGUUGCAGGCAUUUUGGAAGCCAGCAUCCUGCCUUCCGGUUUUGUCUGAAUAAAACAGGAAGCGAUUCUUAUCUCUGCUUUUCAGGGAAGGGAUUAACAUUCAAUUCUUCUUGUUUACAUUUUACCACUGUUGCCCUCUUUAUGUUACUUUUCGAUUAUGCUUUUCGAUGAUGUGAUCAGCGUGUUUAUGUAACCAACCUGUGGUGUUUUCUAGUCUGUCCUGUCUUGUAAGAUGAUGCUGAGAUUUGCCACUUUGGGGAAGAGGCAUCCAUCACUAGCCAAGCGAAUGUGAACACAGAGAUAUUUAAGAACUAAGCAAAUGAGGAGAUGGCUUGGGCUGAUGGAAAUGCUAGCCCCCACCCCCCGCCCCCCAACAUGGUUUUAGUGUAUUUCUUAUGGGGUACACUCAUGGAAAGGACUUUUAAGAAAUUGUGGAUGUGAAUAUGUUUCUCAAAUAAAAGUUUAAAUUGUAAAAUAGUUUUAUAAUAAAGUAUUUACAUUAAUUAUUUUAA